AUGUUCUCAUUCUACACCCGGGUACUGUCCACGACACGUCUGUUUUCAACGUCUGCUUUUGCACAGUAUCCGAAGUUGAAGAGCCACUCGGGCACGAAGAAGCGUUGGCGGUCCAUCGCUUCGGGCGCGUUCAAACGGAAACAUGCUGGACACAAACAUUUGAACGUCAACAAGAGCUCGGCCAGGAAGAACUUCUUGGGGCAGACCACCUAUUCUGAAGGCUCGCAAACGUCGAAGUUGCGAAAGCUUUUGCCGUACGGCUCACAUUGA